GGCUCGUUUUGAGGAAAAUACGAUUGAUGCUCACUGUCUGCCUUGCUGUGGUUGCAGAGAGGUGCUGGUUUUGUAGAAGCAAUGUUCCGCUGAUGAGUUAUUGAUCCGAAAAAUCUGUGAAUAUCUUUCUAACUUUACCGAAGUAGAAAACGAAACUCUUCGCAGUCUAUAGAAAUAUGUCAAACAUCCAUAACAGGCACUAAUGUCAGCUAAACAGCCCGAUUCCUGUGCCUCUUGUAAUGUAAUUGAAAAAUGCUCACACAAAGCAGAGGUUUUGCGGUUCAGGGUGCUUUUUUUUAGUCUAAUUUUGUGGUUUUGUUUACAGUUUCGCGCUAGCAACAUCAAUGAGUCUGUCGGGACGUUGUGUCAUGGUUGCCCUUAGCAACGCGUAACGCUUCGUCCAUCGUGCUUCAGCAGAUUUGUCAGAUGUUUUGGUCGAGAAACUCACAUUUAAACUUUUUUAAAACCAAGAAACUCGUUUCAGUUAGCUAUUAUAUAGAGGGAGCCGAAGUUCUUUGGUACUAUAUGAACAUAUACGACAAUGGGACAUUUUUUGAAGACAAUAUUUCAACAUCUACACACACAAACCGAGCCUGGUGUUUUACAAUAAAUAAGUGUCCAACAUGCCCCCUUCCGCCUCAGCAGCACAGGAAAUAACUCAACAUUUCGACAGAGAUUCAGGUUUAACUGCUCUAGGAAGAGAUUAUGAAAAGAAGAAGCAGAAGCUGCUGCUGGAGCUGCAGCUGGAGUACAAAGAUUAUGUUGCCAAGAAAAACGAUUGUAAAACCCGUGUGCAUGACGGGCAGCACCAGGGUCUUUCCUUGCCUAUAGAGGAGAAGCUAUCAACAAAGGAAAGGCUGAGAGAAGAGAGACAGAAAGAAUGCAACCUUUUUCUCCAGGAGCAAGCUCAAAACAGGAAGAUAAAGAGAGGAACACCUCCUGUUCCUUCUAAGCCAGAACUGCAAGCAUCAGCAGCAACUAGUUCCGGCCCUGCUCUGUCCUUCCUAAAUACCCAGACAAGCACACCGCCUGGAUUCAAGGAGAGCUCUGAAUCCAGGAGAAAUGCUGCCACUCUGACCAAGGCAGGAAAUAACGGAAGAACCCCAGACACCUGGAGACAUGGCCCACAGAGGCGAAGGAGAUGGCAAAUUGAUCAGCCAAAGAAGACACACAGCUCUGAGGAGGAGCUGAACACAGAUGAAGAAGAGGACUUUGAUUUCAGAGGCCGAAGGAGGCAAGACAGAAUCACUUAUGAGCAGGAGUACAAUGAGGAAUCGGGAACCCCAGAGCGCAGAGGGAGAAGCAUUAGUCAAACACCACAGAACACGGAGAAAGCAGCAAGACCUACACUCGUUACCAACAAGGAGGAGAAAGAGUUUGCAACUGGACUCAUGAUCGGGGCAGCAGAGGAACGGAGAGUUACUCAAAUGAAGAAGGAGCAAUAUAGGCAGGAAUUGCUUAGACAAAUUGCAGAACAACAGGAAAACAAGAUAAAAGAGAAGAAAACGUUGCUGAAAGUUGGUACCACUGAAGCUAUAGCUCCUGGGAAAGAGCAGUUUGGCUCUGCAUCUCAGCAGCCCGAGAGCUUCAAACGGGAUGUUUUUGAUACCAUGGGGUUUGAUCCCAAACAUAAUGAUCCAGUUGAAAGCCAACAACACAGAACUCUUGGACAGAAUUCCCUCGUGUGCUUCAGUCCAGCCGUCAAUCAGCUGCCAGGGAGCACAUUGCCUCUGUCUGGGAUGGGAACAGUGCAAGUGGUCCCACCAUUUGAUUAUUACAGCGGCUUCACAGGCAUACAAGGACAGGUGGCCUUCCCAUGGGUCCCUGUUGUUCCUCCUGUACCUCACACGGUUUCCAACGCUGACAUGAGCCGGUAUGAUGCAGCUUUUUAUCAAGGAGGAACCAGAAGGCAGGAUCCCCAUUCUAACCGCAAUCUGAAUAGGAUGCUUGGAGGGGCUCAGCAGAAGGAAACAUAUGAGACUCCCCUUCCAAUGUCUCCCCCUGUCAGAGCCAAUAAUGGGUCUCCUUUGGAUAUUGAGGGGCUUCAUGCUGACGGUUCCAGGCUAAGGAAUGAGAGACCCCAGAGCUACAGAGAAGCACUAAGGCAGCAGGUUACAGAAAAAGAAGAGUGUACAAGAAAAGAGAAAGAGGAGAAGAAGAGGCGAGAUGCUUCUGAGCUGGAGGCUGAGGUGGUGUAUGACCCCUGGGGGAAGGGCGGAGGAGGAGCUCCAAUUAAAGACAAGCAUGGAAACCUUUUUAGUGACCUGUAUCACAUGCACAGGAUUAAUAACAGAAUGACCUCUCUGAGAGCUGAAGCUGGGGCUCCAAUUUCUCAGCAAGAGUCGAGUCAUCAGUCGCCUCUGCAGCAGGACAGGUACAAGGAGGAACUGGAACAGCAGAUGGAAGAGAAGAAGAGAAAGCAGGCCGAGGAACGGGAGCGUCUUAAGAUCUUAGAGGAGAAAGAAGCGAAGAGGCUUGCGACGGAAAGGGCCCACAUUCAGCAGCGAUACGAGGAUGAGCAGAGGAGAGAAAAAGAGAUCAGAAAUAAACACAAACGCAGCAAUCAAGCUGAAACUCGUGACACCAAGGAGGAUAUCAGCAAAGGGCAGAAAAUUCAGAGUUCUCGUCGAAAUGAGAGAGGACCUACUCCUCCUGUCCCAGCUUUGCAGAGGAAGCAUACAAAUGUUGUGACAUCAAGGCCUUCCUCUAUUGUGAGCCCACUUAAAUCAAAGACUGAGCGCAUUGUAUCGGCGCCAAACACCCAACCAGUUCCUGAGAGCAAGCCUUUAGCACCCGCAGGUCAACAGGAAGUGAUCAGAGAGCUGUCAGCACUCCGUAACCUUCUGAGGACAGAACAGAGAAAGCUGGAGCUUCAGCUGGACCAGACGGAGACUCACCGCUCUCAUUUGAGCAAGCAUUAAAAUCCUGUAAAGAAAAACAACUCUCCAUGUGGAUACAGGUUUGACGCUUCACCCUGGGAGAAACACCACGUCAUCUAGUUCUCCAUGAGCCGGUCUCCACAGGGUAUUUACACUUACAGUGGCUUGCAAGAUGUUUCCAUAACUGCAGAUAAGGAGGCUCCUGGGGGCCCUCCUUUAAACCCAUCAACAUUAACAGAUUGUGCAACACAGGUUCUCCUCAGUGACCAGAGUCUGAUUAGAUGGUAUUUGCAAGAUGAUUUAAACUUAAAACUUUUGUAUAUGCUUAUAGAAUUUUUUUAUUCAUGCAUUAAAAUAAACGUUUAAAAUAAAUCUGAAUUGUGUAGUUAUACUGACUGAUUAUUGAUGAGAUAGAUCCGUUAAAACUCACUGAUUCUUCGGUUCAAAUCAGCCAAGUUCAAAAACUUUAUUGACCUAGAACCUGAUUAGAAUGCCAGAUGAUGUAUUGUACAGAAAGUUGUACAUAAUCUUUUUCAACAUAGAAAACUUUACAUUGCUGUAUCAUAUACAUUUAGUUUUCUACAUCCAUGAGCAGGAAUGCAUCCAAUUUACACUUAAAGCACGGCUAACGUUUGUAAUUUUCUCUAUACAUAUAUCCUUCCCCAGACCAAGACAAUCAGAAAAAAAACAAUAUAUUAUCAAGUUUUUGAUUUUGUACAGUUGAGCGACAACUAAACCUACAUGAAAACAGAAAAUAGAAUAGUGACUCCAUAAAGCAGCUAGCAUCAGUUUGCUUCCUUGUCUUCCAGCUCCAGACGCCUGGUUACUGUCUCAUCUUUUGUUAAAAACAUAACAUAUAAAAUGGAAAUAAAUUAACCUUUCACUUUCCACAGUCUUGUUUAAUUACAAACCAUACCGUGUUGGACAAUC